AUGAUUCCAGGAAAUUUUUCCCAUGUAACUAAAUUCAUCCUCAUUGGAGUCUCAGAGAAUCCAGAGCUUCAAGUUCUCCUCUUCUUUAUCUUCUUAGUGAUCUAUGGAGUGACAGUGACUGGAAAUGUGGGGAUCAUCACACUCACUACUAUGGAUUCUCGACUUCAAACUCCCAUGUACUUUUUCCUCAGACACUUGGCUAUCAUCAAUCUUGGCAAUUCCACUGUCAUAGCUCCCCAGAUGCUGGUCAAUUUCUUGGUGGAGAAGAAAACCAUUUCUUACUAUGGGUGUGCAACCCAACUGGGAGGCUUCUUAGUCUUUAUUGUUGCUGAGAUUUUCAUGUUGGCUGCAAUGGCCUAUGACCGCUACGUGGCUAUUUGUAAUCCCCUACUCUACAUGGUUGUGGUAUCAAGAAAAGUUUGCAUACUGCUUGUGGUCCUAACAUAUGCCUACAGUUUAACAACAGCAUUGACUGUCACUUCCUGUGUUUUUUCUGUAUCUUACUGUUCUUCUAAUAUAAUCAAUCAUUUUUACUGUGAUAAUGUCCCCUUGUUAGCAUUAUCCUGCUCUGACACCUAUAUCCCAGAAACAGUAGUAUUUACAUCUUCAGCUACUAAUCUUUUUUUUUCCAUGAUCAUUGUAAUUGUGUCCUACUUCUUUAUCAUCUUGACCAUCCUGAGAAUGCGCUCAGCAGAAGGAAGACGGAAAGCCUUCUCCACCUGUGCUUCCCACAUGAUGGCUGUCACUGUUUUCUAUGGGACACUACUUUUCAUGUACUUACAGCCCCAGUCGAAUCAUUCCUUAGAUACUGAUAAAAUGGCCUCUGUGUUUUACACACUAGUGAUCCCUAUGCUGAAUCCUAUGAUCUAUAGCCUGAGGAAUAAGGAUGUGAAGGAUGCUCUGAAGAAAGUCCUUAGCAACCCUUGCCAAACUUUAAAAAAACAUAUAAAUUCUUAA